CAUUGGUCAUUGGAAUAACACAGCAUUUUCAAACGCGUUCAAAGCACUAAGGCACACAGUGGGCACUUUACACUGUGAUUUCGUGCCAGAUUUCUCGCAUUAGCGUUUACUCUUUCAUUAUCAACCCAUGAAAUGAAAUUGUUUACAAGAUACCGAAACCUUUGGCUUGUAUAUCUGUGUUUUGUUUAUUUUGUUACGUUAGCCACAGCUUGUGACACUGAUAGCGAUUGUAAUAUUGUACGCUUCCCUCACGAUGAAGAGGAUAAAUGUUGCCAUGGAACGUGUAUUUCAAAAGAAUCAUCGUGUAUUUCUGGUGCAGCAAUAGCAGGAAUAGUUAUCGGAUGUUUAAUUAUUGGUGGAAUAGUAAUAUCAUGUUGUUUGUGUUUUUGCUGCGCUUGUGGUCCUUUCCAGAAUAGGAGUCAAGGGACUGUUAUUCGUUAUGGCGGACGUGCUACGCAAACUACAACAACAGGCGUUUCAAGUUAUCCAACGGCAAGUGUGCAGGCAGGUUAUCCGCAACCGGUAGGCGUUACUCAGUAUCCUAAUGCUACAUCUAGUGAUGAGAAAUAUCCACAACCAGGAACAUAUCCUAGCGCUGUUCAAGGCGCAUCAGCGGCCCCAUACCCUCCUCAACCAAACUCUGCGUAUCCACCAGCAGCGCCUCCUACCUACGACGAAGCGAGCAACCCACCACCAUAUAACCCAGGAUAUCCGCAGUAAUAUUAGUUUUAUUGAGAUACUGAAUGUUUUCAUUGACAAAAUGUUUCUUAGUUUGAAUAUGCGGUUUAUAUAUAAAGUUAUAAAUAUACUAUAUAUAAAUGA